CUACAUUUUGAUGGAUCCUAGGAAAAUAUUGAUGAUAUGUUGAGAAAAUAACAAGUUUAUGAUUGCUUUAGAUAAGAUCUUAUUGAAUAAAUUUGGUCACAGUAGUACUGAUAGAUUUUAGCAUUAAAUUUAAAUUAGUAUCUUUCAUAAAUUAUGGAUUAUCUAAUUUUUAAUAAUAUAUAAAAAAAUUUAGUCGUGGUACAAUUUGGGGUAUGAGAUUAUUACGAUUAACUCGUGAAGUUAAGGAAAUCAUAUUUAUAAUUACGAGUUAAAAACAAAAACCACUAAACUUUAAAAAGUAAAAAUAAAAAUAAAAAUAAAAAUAAAAUAAAAUAAAAUAAGAGCACAACAUUCUUGGAGUGCGAGUAACCGACCUAUCAGAAAAACAAGACAGUGUGACGUGCGCCAACAUCAUUGGAUACGGAGUGGUAUGUUAUUUUAUCAGAAACACUUGCCACUCUCUCCAAAGUCCAAACAAUAAAACCCUGAUUUCCCUUUGGCCUCCUCUCCUCAACAAAAUUCAAUGUGUGAAAAGAUGGAAAAAGGCACCACAGAUAUCACAGACAUAGUUUUCUCCCAACAAAACAAGGAGAGAGAAGAAGAGAGCAUUGUUGGUAAUCCUAAAGAAGAAGAAGAAGAAGAAGAGAAGAAGAAUUGUGGUGAUGAUUCAGAUCAAAAUGGAGGGGUGUUGAGUGGUUUGAUUGCAGGUAUUUUUCAUCCGAGUCAAGAAUCAGAUGAGGCUGAGGCAGAAAGUAGCGCUAGUUUGAUGGAUAACAUCGUGUCUCAUUUGCCUGCGCCGCUUUCUGAUGAUGCAGCUCCUGCUACGGAGGAGGCUUCUAUUUUGAUUCAUGCCAUUGUUCAUGAUUAGUUUUUUCCUAUUUUUAGACUGCAUUUCUUUGUAUUUUAUUUCGCUUUUUAUACCAGAGUUUGGGAUUGUAAUUUGUGUUUAGUAAUUCAAUGGAAUCGUAUACAAUUUCUUAAA